AUGUCGGGAAGGGAGUCACUGGCAGCGGCGCCUGGCUACCAGAACCGCGACGCGUGCCCGGCUCGCUGCAGUACCUCCGGUCACUCACCGAUGAACUGGGAAGUCUAUCAAAGUCUUCAUCAGUUCGAAAGUUGUCAAGAGAGCAUAUUUGUUCAUUUCGCUUUGGCUGAUCGUGUGGAUAACGACGAGCAAGUACAUCGCAUCUACGCAUGCACUUCCUUCGGACCCGACUGGGGCAACUUGCCCGCAGAAGAUGCUGGCAUAGCCCCGAAACCAUUCGCUACGGCAGACAAUGCUACAUAUCAGGUCGGAUCUUGGCCGGAUCAAAGUGGUCUCUCCGUCACAGCGCAUGCUCGAACGACGAUCGCUCAAUUCCGGGCAUAUAUUGCGAAUGGAUUUGCACCGGUCAGGGGUCCAACGAUGCUUAUGGCCUCUGUAGGUCAAGCUUCAUUUGGCAUGUGGAUCGGCGAGGGCCUUCAGAACCAAAUCAUAGGCAGCUCAGCACUGAAGACUUUCGCCAGCACUCUGUCGUCAGAUGAAUUCGACAAUAUUGCUAGUGCAGCCAUGCAAUACUGCUCACCCCAUCAAACGUCUGAACACGUUUUCGGCAUCAUCGUAACCGGCAACAGCACGUUCACUGCCGUGCAGAACGCCCUUCAGUCAUGGUCGGAAGCCAAAUGCUUGUCGUUUCCCCAGGUGCGCAACGUCACAGGCCCGGCGAUUUUCAAUACGCCUCUAUUUGAUACUUCGAUGUCCUUUUCACAUGGUGCAUCCACGACUACUUCGAAAGAAGUGAACGCCACGCAAGUGGGAGGCAAUUCGACAGCCGUCGUGCGACUGGUGUCUGUGGAAAAGACCGAAAACGUCCGCCGCAGCGAUUGCCGUACCAUACAAGUAGUAUCGGGAGAUAGCUGUGCUUCGCUUGCACAGCGCUGCGGCGUUACGGGAGAAGAUUUCACGAAUUACAAUCCUGCAAACGGCUUUUGCGGAUCACUUCAGCCACUUGAGCAUUACGGUAUUUCCCUUGAACAAUUGACGUCCUUCAAUGACAAUACAUGGGGAUGGAGUGGUUGCAGUAACAUUUGGCUUGGGACUGUGAUCUGUAUUAGUCCCGGGAGCCCUCCAAUGCCUGCCCCUCUCACUAACGCCGUCUGUGGGCCCCAAGUUCCCGGAACUGCGCGGCCACCAACUGGUGUCGACAUCUCAUCACUCAAUCCAUGUCCACUGAAUGCUUGCUGCAACAUCUGGGGCCAGUUAAAGCAGUGCGGUAUGACGAGGGAAUUCUGCACCACUUCCAAGUCUUCGACAGGCGCUCCAGGUACUGCAAAGCCCGGCGAAAAUGGCUGCAUCUCGAACUGUGGUAUGGAUGUCGUACUCAGUGUACAACCAUUAGCGCGUUCAAAGAUGGCAUUCCACGAGGGCUACAAUCUCGGGCGCAAAUGCCUCUACCAGAGCGCGUCCCAGCUGAACCUCCAUGAUUCGACUCACAUCUUCUUUUCGUUCGGCGUUUUUGACAGCAACUUCAAGAUCAACGUUGGUGAUGAGCUCAGCAGCUAUGAGUUCAACCAAUUUAAGCAGCUACCCAAGAUCAAGAGGAUCCUCUCAAUCGGCGGAUGGGGAUUUUCUACAGAUCCGUCAACUUAUAAUCUUUUCCGUGAGGGUGUGAAACCGAAGAACCGCCAGGCUCUAGCCAACAACAUAGCCUUCUUUAUAAUAGCUAAUGAUCUUGACGGAGUUAACAUCGACUGGGAGUACCCCGGAGCACAAGACAUCCCUGGCAUACCUGCUGCCAGCCUCGAUGACGGCACUAAUUAUCUCGAGCUGCUUAAGUUACUCCGAAAUCUAUUGCCAGAUAAGGAGAUUUCUAUCGCUGCACCAGCCUCGUAUUGGUACCUCAAGGGGUUUCCUAUUCAGAAGAUGUCAGAUGUAUGUGACUACAUUGUCUACAUGACGUACGAUUUGCAUGGCCAGUGGGAUGCAAACAACCAAUGGUCACAGAUCGGCUGUCCAUCCGGAAAUUGUUUGCGAACUGACGUCAACAUUACUGAGACUAUGGGAGCACUGGUGAUGAUCACAAAAGCUGGCGUUCCUUCGAACAAAGUCGUUGUGGGCGUAACAAGCUAUGGUCGAUCAUUUGCCUUAUCUGAACCAGGAUGUUACGGACCUCAAUGCACCUUCAAGGGCAGUUCCUCUCAAUCUCCUGCAACGCCGGGAAGGUGUACCGACACCAGUGGUUACCUAUCAAACGCAGAGAUAUCUGAGAUCAUUGCUGACCGGAGGCGAUCUGGGCGGGUUAACGCGAAUUUUGUGGAUAAAGAUUCCCACACCAGCAUACUCGUUUACGACGACACGCAAUGGGUAAGCUAUAUGGAUGACAAAGUCAAAGCUGAACGGACGGAGAAAUACCACGCACUCGCGAUGUUAGGAACCGCCGACUGGGCCACAGAUUUGAAGCAAUACAAUCCUGCCCCGGCCCGAUCAGGAGGAUGGACACCGUAUAUUUCGAAAGUGAGCUCUGGACAGGACCCGAUUGAUUCGGGGGCUCACGUCGGCGGCUGGACCAACAUCGAGUGCUCGGAUCCUCACGCCACGAAGUACAUUGACUAUACGCCAGAUGAGCGUUGGACGGCCCUUGGCUGCAAUGAUGCAUUUAACGAUGCUGUUAAAACGUGGGAAACUGUUGACUAUCCAAACCCAAACCACGACUUUGAAUUCACCGGGUCAAUUAUAUACGUUAGGUACAACAAAGCCUUGACAGAAGCUGCAGCCUUCGUGCUAAGCAAUUCCAUGGGAAUUUUUCAAGAGACGUUCGCACCGCUUCCGCCUCCGGACCCGAACGAAAAGAUGAUCCAAACUCUUAUCUCUUUGGUCUCCCUUGGCUGCACUUUGACAGCUGCGCCGUUCCUCAAUGGUGCGUUGAAGCAACUACCUGCGUUCGCAGCAAAAGGCGAACUUGCAGACAUGGCUAAAGACACCAUGAACGCAAUGAUUGCUUUCGGUGCAGACGCAGCCAAUAAUCAUCUACAGGAGAAGGGCGGGGCGGCAUGGGACUUGACUGCUCAGCACAGCUUCACGAAGACACUGGGGCUGGCUCUCGAUCAAUGGGCAGCUGCCAAUGAGCUCGCUCUCCAGCGCUUGUUCAAUGGUGAACCUGAUAGCAUUAAAACGCUCACGACACUAAUCAAGAAUGGCCAUUUCAUAGCAGGGAAGAAAAAUCUACAAAAAGAAAUCCAAGUCUCAAAACCCAUGCAGCAGGAGCUUCGCGCCAACAUUGCCCGCUCCUUUUACGCCUUCGCAGUGCCCACCGCAUGGUACUACUCGAGCCAGGCCGUCUUUGUCAUGAAUUCUGGCUAUCGUUGUGGCCAGAUCGACCCGCUUGACAAAGAGAUAUCCAAAGCGGUAAUGCACAAGACUGCUGCGUGUGUCGACGGAGACUUGUACUAUCUCUUGUCCGCACCCGGCAAAGGGUUGGCGAAUGUUCAGUGCGAUGGUGAUCCAUUCUGCCAAGGGGAUAAUGUCUCGACAGGUCAGGCUGGCUCCAAAGUCUUGUUCACCGCACCUCCAGGAAUUGACGCGCUUGAUGGUAAGGAUUGGGGCAAGAUCACCGUCCAGCAGAUCGUUACUGGGGCGGUGAACACGUGGAAACGUAAUGGUAUGCAGAACGUUGGCGAUCUCGCAGAUGUGAGCAGAGAGAACACUCUUGAGGCUCUGCAAAAGCAAGACAUCACGACGCCCGGCUACAUAACCUUGCCAGUCUGUAGCCCAAACAUGGCCCGACUGGCUUACAACGACAAUGGGAAAACAGUCAACCGGAAUGAUCCGCUGUAUCCCUGCCUCCCCCUACCAGGCAAGACGGAGUGCUGGGAUUUUACAUUCGAAGACCGUACCUCCGAUGCUUCACCGUUUGUGAGCGAUUGUCAAGGGAUCAUCAACGAAGUCCAAGGCUCGGUGCAGAAUUGGGAAAGGAACAUCGGGCCUCAUACGGAUGUCGCGGAAAAAGGCGCCUGCAAAGUCGGCGUUGAGAGCGGCAUUCCGAACGGUCCCGUAGUCUACUGGGUAGGCGAUCAAGAUGUUGUCAAUAUCGUCGCCGAGUCGAUUAAGAGAUUCGCUAAGAAGGACGGCAAGGUUGGUGCCGCAGGCUCCAUGCGGUGCAAGGGCAAUAUCGGUAAUCAGUACAUCAAGUGGGGACUCUAUUAG